AUGGAGUUUCUACGCUGUGCUUCGCGAUUGAGGCUCCCAAGGAGAUACUUGGCGAGGAAUCUGUUGCCAAAUCCUUUGCGCUAUGCGCGUUUCAAUUCUACGGGGGCACCAACCACCCCAGGUAUCGUGCUCCGCGACUACCAAGAGGAGAGUAUUCAAUCCGUUUUGAGAUACUUGGGCGAAGGCCACCGGCGCUUGGGGAUCUCUCUUGCCACAGGAGCUGGAAAAACAGUCAUUUUCACACAACUUAUCAGCCGAAUUCCUCCUCACGAUGCGAACGCUACUAAAACAAUGAUUAUCGUUCAUCGACGAGAACUUGUUGAACAAGCCGCAAAGCACUGCCGUCUCGCAUACCCAGAUAAAGUCGUUGAAAUCGAAAUGGGAACAAAUGUUGCGACUGGGGCAGGGGACAUUAUCAUUGCGUCUGUUCAGACAUUAUCGCGAGGGCGCAUUCACAAGUUCGAUCCAAGUGCAUUCAAACUUGUCCUGGUAGAUGAGGCACACCAUAUUGUUGCCCGAUCAUAUCGCGAAGUUUUGGGUCAUUUUGGAUUGAACGAACCAUCCGCGAGUGGCCCAGUUUUGGUCGGCGUUUCGGCCACUUUUUCACGAUUCGAUGGACUUAAAUUGGGCGCUGCCAUUGACCACAUUGUAUACCAUAAAGACUAUGUGGAUAUGAUUGGCGAGAAUUGGCUAGCAAAUGCGGUCUUUACAACCGUCAAGUCCGGUGCCAAUUUGUCCAAGGUUAAGAAGGAUAGUUUUGGGGAUUUUGCCCUAGGGUCACUUUCAGAGGCAGUCAACACCGCAAGCACCAACAACAUCACUGUUCGGGCAUGGAUGGCAAGCGCCGAAGAUCGCAAAUCUACGCUGGUCUUCUGUGUCGAUAUCGAGCACGCGCGACAACUUACCGCUGCCUUUCGCGAUCACGGUGUAGACGCCAGGUAUAUCACCGCCAGUACCUCGAAGAGCCUCCGCGCAGAAGAACUCCGAGCCUUUAGGAAUCAGGAAUUUCCAGUAUUGCUGAACUGCGGUCUGUUCACCGAAGGCACAGACAUCCCAAACAUCGACUGUGUGCUUCUGGCUCGACCUACCAGGUCUCGGAAUCUGCUCAUUCAAAUGAUCGGGCGUGGUCUUCGACUAUUUCCUGGAAAGAAGGACUGCCACAUAAUUGACAUGGUUGCGUCCCUGGCAACCGGUGUCUUGUCAACUCCAACAUUGUUUGGCUUGGAUCCCCAUGAAGUUUUGGACAACGCCAGCCUGGAAGAAAUCAAAGAGAACCAAGGAAAAGCAGCUAGCCAACCAGAAUCAAGCCCCGAGGUCUCCGAGCCCUACGAUGGCUCGGACAAUGAUCUGAAACUCCAAUUCACCACAUAUGACAGUGUUUACGAUCUCCUAGGAGACAUGCAGUCCGAGAGACAUAUCCGGUCAUUCAGCCCGCACAACUGGGUGCGGGUUGGCGAUGACAGGUAUAUGCUCACUGACGUCUCGGGUUGGAUUACCAUAGAAAAGGAAGCCGAGAUCUUCACGGCACACCAUGUCAUGAGGUUUAAGAGCCCGACAACAGAAGCACUGCAAUUCACACGCCCACGGAAGAUUGCCACUGGCUCGGACUUGGAAACUAUCGUACGGGCAGCGGAUACCUAUGCCAGUAACAAAUUUGAUGAACACUAUAUCGCAUCUUGGAAACCAUGGAGACGGGCUCCAGCCACGCCUGGACAAAUCAAAAUGCUGAACGGAGCUCGCAUCCGAGAAGGCAAGGUUAAGCCGGAGGAUCUGACCCGCGGCCAGGCGGCGGAUAUGAUCACGAAGCUGAAACAUGGAGGCAAGAAGCGUUUUAAGGAUAUUGAGGUUCAAAAGCGGAAGAAGCAGCGACAAAUGAGUGACAUGGAUCAGCUGCAAAGCAGAGGGAAUGUUAAAGUCGGACCAGUUGAGGCUUAA